AUUUCUCAAUUAUUUGCUCAAAUGGACUCUCGGAUACAAAAAAGUGUGGCAAGCUAUAAAAUAAUUAGCUAAUUAGUUAUUAAUUUUUCCAAUAAUCAUAGGCACUCCAAUUCCAUUUCUUCAAGAGAAGUGGCGAUGAUUUCCUCACCACCGGCCGCCGCUACAGAGCCUCCAUCUUCCGACGAGGACUUGUUACCCACCGCCUCCACCCCGACUUCUAAAUUCCCCAACUCAACCCACCUUCCUCAGAUCCCCAUCACAUGGCCCGUCGACGGAUCCCUCACUGUUUCAUGGAUUUUCAACCUCAUUCAUGCCUUCGACUGGGCCUCCAGAGCUAUUCCCCCUUCCGAAUUUCCCUCCGUGCUCCCUGUUGGAGUCUUUGAUAAACUUGUACUUGCUGCCUCUAAGAUUCUGCAUAAAGAGCCCAAUUGUGUUCAAAUUGAUGAAAAAUCUGGGUUGGUGGCAGACUCCCGGGUUGUAGUGGUUGGUGAUGUGCAUGGGCAGCUGCACGAUGUUUUGUUUUUGCUGGCGGAUGCUGGAUUUCCGGCCGAAGAUCGUUUUUUCGUUUUCAAUGGGGAUUAUGUAGAUAGAGGUGCUUGGGGCCUUGAGGUUUUCCUACUCUUACUGGCCUGGAAGGUUGUAAUGCCUCACAGGGUGUAUCUUCUUCGUGGAAAUCAUGAGUCGAAGUAUUGUACAUCUGUGUACGGAUUUGAGAAGGAAGUAUCUAUCAAAUAUGGAGAUAACGGAAAGCAUGUCUACCGAAAGUGUUUAGGCUGCUUCGAAGGGCUCCCCCUUGCUUCCAUCAUAGCUGGGAAAGUUUACACUGCACACGGAGGGCUUUUCCGUGGCACUAUCAUCACCCCAUCAAAAUCAAAAAGGUCUAAAAAGAAGAAUCGUAAAUUUGUUCAUAACCCCGAGGUGACUUCUUUGACCCUUGGUAACUUGGAAGAGUUGGCGAAAGCUAGAAGGUCGGUCCUUGAUCCUCCGUGGGAAGGUCCAAAUCUGAUUCCUGGUGAUGUUUUAUGGUCAGACCCAUCAAUGAGCCCCGGUCUUGCUCCAAAUAAGGAGCGCGGAAUUGGUCUGCUGUGGGGUCCAGAUUGUACUGAAACUUUUUUGAAGAAGUUCAAUCUAAAGCUAGUUGUUGACUAUGAAGCAGUUUUGAUUACUUUUCUGAUUAGUAACAGCAUGGGCAUCAAGAGAUGUGAAGCACUUAUUGUUGAGUGUCUAGAGCAUGUUGGGUCACAUGAAGGUCCUGAUGCUAGGGAUAAACGACCUGAUCUUGGUGGAAUGGAUUUAGGGUAUACUAUCGAUCACACUGUAGAAUCUGGGAAGCUAAUCACAUUAUUCAGUGCCCCAGAUUAUCCACAAUUUCAGGCAACAGAAGAGAGAUACCGAAACAAAGGGGCAUAUAUUGUCUUGGAACCCCCACACUUUGACACACCCAUAUUCCAUAGCUUUGAAGCUGUUAAUCCAAGACCGAAGGUGAAUCCUUAUUACGAUUUCGAAGAUGUUAUCGAUUCUGAUGAAGAACUGGACCUAGUAGCUAUGGAGCCCCAUUCUGCUGUUGAGCAACCUGCAGCUUGAAAGGCACUGCAUUAUAAGUUGAAGCUAUGUAUGUUCUUGUUUUGUUGUAAUUGCGUGUAUUUUAUGUAUAAUUGGUUUUUUUUUUUUUUUCAAACGACAGAAACUAUAUCUCA